AUGCUCGUUUAAAAUCAAUAUUUAAUUGUGAUCAUCCAUCUAUGUGGAAAUUCAUUCAACAUUUACAACACGAAGAAAAUUACAUUUAUACUCGUAUUGUAAGAUUAGAUGCGGGUGAUGCUCCUGAAGCAGGAAAAAAGUAUUUGGAUCAUACAAAACGAUUACUUCAUUUAAUAAUCUUCAUUCAAAUAUUAUGGAUCAACUAG